ACACUUAACCGACGUCGUACCGGUCCAGAGCAAAAAAUUCGGUGAAUAUGAGGGGUAUUUUGGUAACAUCGUGGAUAUAUAAAUGAAACGCAGGGCCACUGCCAUUUGUAGGUAUUGUGAAAGGAAGGGCCAGCGGAGCAGAGGAAUUUCCGUUAUCCACAUUGUCGAUAUCUCUCUUGGAAAUUCAAUUCAGAGAAAAACCCAGUUUCAAUCAAGAAUUUAUUUCCAGUAUCGAAUCGUUAGGGUUUUUUUUUUUUUUGAAUCCUAAUUCAUUAUCAAUCGACUGUUGUUGCUAGAAAAAAUGGUUUCUGAUUCAAUCACCAACGCUUCGAUUACAUCUACCCCCAACUCCAAGGAUUUCGGCAAGAAAAAGAGGACCAAUAGGUCUGCAAAAUUGAAGCAGUGCAAGCUCGACGCUCGUCGCGAGCAAUGGCUGUCGCAAGGUGCGGUGAAGAGCAAGGGAUGCAAGAAUGGAUUAGGGGAUGACCGGAAAGAGAGGGACCUGUCGUUGGAGAAUUCAAGGCAAAGAGACGAGGACAAUAACGGCAGAAAGAUCCAUCACGAGAGCGAUUUAGAAUCCCCGUCGAACAGCCCAAUUGACAGUCUCUUUAGUGGUGGGGGAAUGGAUUCAACUGCCAAUUGCGGUGGAAGUAGUAGCGGUAGCAGCAGCGGUAGUAGUGUUUGUGGUAGCAGCACUGGUGGCUCUUGCUCCAGUAGCAUAACGGAAGAGGAAGAGGAGGAGGAAGAUGGUUGUUUGGACGAUUGGGAAGCUGUAGCUGAUGCUCUUGCCGCGGAUGAUGAUAACAAUAAAAAUAAGGCGGAAGUGGAACAUGAUAACCCCUGUUACCAGUCACCUUCCCAGUCUCAGUUGGACUCUCCGCAUGAUUUGAACAGUGAGUUAGGUUUAGAUUCUCUGAAUUCAAUGCCUGAUGGUGCCAGUGCUGUGCCAAGAGUAUCUGGGAAUAAUACGCGGGCAUGGAGACCGGAUGAUGCUUUUAGACCUCAGAGUCUGCCUAAUUUAACAAAGCAGCGGAAUUUUCCUGCUUCAGAUAGGCAUUUUGGUCAAGGUGGAGUUGCAUGGACUUGCAACAAUGUUUUAACAGUGCCUUCUUCUUGUCCUAUUUGUUGUGAGGAAUUGGACUUAACGGACUCAAAUUUUUUGCCCUGUUUGUGUGGUUUCCGACUCUGCUUGUUUUGUCACAAGAGGAUUCUUGAGGAGGAUGGGCGGUGUCCCGGUUGCAGGAAGCCAUAUAAGCAUGAUGAAAUUGAGUCAGAGGCAAGUCUGCAAGGAGGCUGCCUUACAUUUCGGUUGGCUCGUUCUUUUAGCAUGGUUGCAAGGUCUUAGGAAGAGGAGUUGUCUUAGUUCCUGUUUUCUUGAAUUAAGUAUGUUUGGUCUAUCUUUUUCAUGUGUCUUUUGUGAUGUUAUGUUAGUCUUAGACUUACUUUAUAGACAUUUUAGAUGUUGACAUAGGGUUAUUGUGUUUUUGUGCCCGGGAAUUGAGCUGCUUAUCUUAUGAGUUUGGUUCUUAUUUGUAUGGUGCAUGUGCUAAUGUAGAGAACUUACAUUGCUAUUAUGUGAAUAGAUAAGGUGGUAUAGAAAUUGAAUACAUAUAAAAGUGAUUAUAAUAAUUGUUCUAUGUUUUACUUA